CAAAUCAACAGACUCGAAAACAUCAAACAAAGGCGAUGGGUAAGCCUGGUCCUGCAAUAUACACAGAUGUGACAAUCGAUAACUGCACCAAUGAAAACCUCAGCCUAUACGACGAAGUUGAUUGGUAUGGAUUUGCAAACCGGCCGCUUGUUAUUCCAGCGCAAAUGUCUGAGAAAAUUAAGCACCAAGCUGAUUCCCAAACUGGAGAUUCUAAAGGUGGGGUUGCAUAUACUAUCAAAAAGAAUAUUAGGUGGGUUGUUGCCUGGAGCAAUAUGAAAGAUAAAGACAAUAUGGUUUAUAUUGAUAUUACUGAAACGGAUGAAAAAAUUGAUUGGAAUUUUUACCAAUCACUUCUGGACACAUCCGAUUCGAAUCCUGAAGCUGUGAAUAAAUAUCGGAACACGACAGUAGCUAACAUCGAUCCAAGCAGCGUUACGCCACUUAUGAGGGCAGCACUCAACCCAGCUCUCAAUAUUUGAUCUCCUACUCUCCUGGUUAUUCGGCUGUCCAAAUUAAAUGGUAAUAAUGUUGCUUUGAAUGCACUACUAAAUAGUAAUAGUAAUAGUAAUUGUAAUUGUAAUAGUAAAAUAAAGGCU